UCUCUCAAAUCCCAUACUGGACAUUAUCGAACAUAAAUGCAUCAAUUUAUCCUUUCCAAAACAUAGGUGGGAAGGGAAAGAUGUUUUUCUUGGCUCCACAGUAGGAGGUGUUGAAGAGAGGGAUGGUGUGAUCCAGAAGGCACGUGCCAUCAGACUUUUCUACUUCUUGCAGGAUAAGCCUGGAGCCUCUCAAUGGCUUCAACAGUUCCAAAAUGUUCUGUCCAAAGAAACGCUCAGCAGAGGACUCAAGGUGUCUCGUUUUACCUCAAAGUCCAGACAAGAGGAGAUAGAGAAACACACAAAAGAUGGCAUUCCUCUGUUUUCAAUAACUUACUCACUUGCAAUCUCCUUCUCAGUGUUAUCUUGCAUGCGUCUCGAUAAUGUGAGGAACAAGUUCUGGGUCUCUUGCAUAGGGGUUCUGUCUGUGGGUCUGGCUGUGGUCUCCAGCUUUGGCUUGAUGCUCUAUUUUAAAGUGCCGUUCGUAAUAACAGUGGCUAAUUCACCUUUCCUGAUUCUGGGCAUUGGUGUUGAUGACAUGUUCAUCAUGAUUUCCAACUGGCAACAGACCAAAGUGAAGGAUCCAGUGGAGAAAAGAAUGGCAGAAACCUUCAAAGAAGCCGCCAUGUCUAUAACUAUCACUUCAUUGACUGACGUACUCGGCUUCUACAUCGGGCUCAUGAGUGAAUUUCGCUCAGUUCAGUCCUUCUGCUUGUACACCAGCACAUCCAUUAUUUUCUGUUACAUCUAUAACAUCCUCUUCUUUGGAAGUUUUCUAACCCUAAACGGCAGGAGAGAGCAGAGUAACAGACACUGGCUGACCUGCUGCAAACUCCCAACACAGACCCCUAAAGGAAAGUCUUCGGCGUAUCGCCUCUGCUGUGUAGGAGGAGACUAUGACCAAGAGACCAGUGCUGAGAAACAGCAGCCCAUAACACACUUCUUUAAGUCCUAUUAUGGUCCAUUCAUAACUAAGCCUUGGAUGAAAGUCUGUGUGAUGUUUUUGUGUGUGGGUUAUUUGGCUGGAGGUAUUUAUGGAUGUCUUCAUUUACAGCAGGGCAUUAAUAUGAGGGACCUUGCAGCUGAUGAUUCAUAUGUUGUAAAUUAUUAUGAUGAUGACAGGAAAUUCUUCUCCAGGUACGGUCCAAAUGUCAUGGUGGUAGUGACCGAAGAGUUUCCAUACUGGAAUAAAAACAGCAGAUCCGCACUAAACCACUGCACGGAGAAACUCCACAACUUGAGAUUUGUCAAUCAAAACCUGUCCGUCUCCUGGUUAGACUUUUACUUACAAUAUGCUGAAAGCAAAAGCCUAAAUCUAGACAACGAAAACGUCUUCAUGGGAAAUUUAUCCUCUUUUUUAAUGCUCUAUCCAGAGUUUAUGCUUGACGUCAAUGUCACAGAAGGCAAAAUCAAUGCUUCAAGAUUUUUUGUCCAGACUUUGGAUAUCUCUAACGCCAGUAUGGAGAUAAUGAUGUUUCAUGAACUCAGAGACAAAGCUCAAAAUUGUAGUGCAACUAAACUACUGGUGUUCCACCCAUUGUUCAUCUACUUGGAUCAAUACUCUGUGAUAGUUUCCAGCACCAUUCAGAAUGUUGGUUUCACCACAUCUGUCAUGUUGGUUGUUUCCUUGUUAUUAAUCCCAAACCCGCUCUGUUCCCUGUGGGUCACGUUCUCUAUUGGCUCGGUCAUUACCGGCGUCACUAGUUUCAUGGCAUUAUGGGGUGUCAACCUAGAUUCCAUUUCCAUGAUCAUCUUGGUGGUGUGUAUUGGCUUCACUGUUGACUUCUCUGCACAUAUUUAAUAUGCGUUUGUUUCUAGCGAAAAAUCAACUGCCAAUGAGAGGGUGAUUGAUGCAUUGUUUUCUCUGGGCUACCCGGU